GUUAAAUUGCCGUCAUGGCCUGUUUUUUGUUUUUUUUCCCACAGUAGGAGAACUGUGAAUUAUUGAAGACCUUUCACUUGGAUAAGUCAAAUAAUGGAGAAGGAGGUGUGUGUCCAGAGCUGGCCGUGUUCAUAUUUCCUAAACCGUGAAAGACGAUGGCUGCCUGGGAAGCUUUCACUGACACCAACACAUCUACGGUUUAAGGCAGAGAGUACAAGUGACUACUUAGUGAACUUCCACCUUUCCAGCAUUUGUGAAAUCAAGAAGGAGUCAUCCAGUUACAUAUUCAGCUCAAUCACAGUUCUAGAGAAGGACCAAGCAAAACAUUGGUUUAGUUCUCUCCAACCGAACCGGAGUGUUGUCUUCAACAUUAUUGAACAUUUCUGGAGAGAGCAGUUACUCUCCUCUCAAGGAGCUCAGGACACUUCUUCAAAAAACUCUACAGGACAGGAGCUUGUUAAUAUUGCUUCUGGGUCCCAGAAACAAAUGGAAGAUACAACUAAGGUGCUUCACCACCAGGGGCAACAGUUUGAGAACAUCAUGAAAGGCCUGAACAAGAUUGAAGGAGACAUGGCUACUGCUGACAGGUGAAGUGAAUGUUAAAUCCUGAUUAUUAACGAUGAUAUCUUAAUGCUCUUUAUUUAAAUAAUUAUAUUGUUUUCACAGAAGUUCAAAAAUGUCAACUUGCUUGGUCAACCUUAAAACGACACUCUUGGUAGGGGUUAUUUUUUUGGGGGAAGGGGGGCGACUAGGGGUUUGGGGACCCUAGUCACCUGGAGUGGUUACAUUUUUAUUCAGGUCCCCAACCACAUUCUUAAUUAUGGCCCCCACCCACCGCUCAGGGGUGGGGUCCGGGGGGGAGGACAGUAGGUCCCCCCUCCACAUUCUUAUUUAGGGCCCCCACCCAUCACACAGGGGUGGGGGCAAGAGGUAUUUUUUUUUUUUUUUUUUACUUAGUAUUAGUAAAUUUGCUGCUUAUUUUAUGUUAUUUUAAGUGAUUUCCCUAUCCACAUUUGUUUGCAGGGCACUUGUCCUACUCUUACCCCCAUUUUACUUCCUUUUGCAGCCCUCUAGCCCUUUCCAGGACUUUUUUAGAGGCAUUUUAGUGCCCAAAAGUUCGGGUCCCCAUUGACUUCAAUAGGGUUCAGGUUCGGGGUCAAGCUUGAUCCCGAACCCGGACUUUUUUUUGAAGUUCGGCGGAACCCGCCGGACCCGAACAUCAAGGUGUCCACUCAACUCUAAUUACUGGGAGUAUUAUUGCUGUGGAGCUCUGUUAUACACUCAGACACACCAACUAUAUAAAGCUCCUAGAAAAGAGAGACAUUAGGAUAAAAAGGAGAGACAGAGGGAUUUAGGCCCAAAAUUGGGACUCUCCUUCCUAAAUAGUGAUACUUGGGAGGUAUGAUUUAGUGCUUUAAAAACUGUGUGGUGAGUUGUAUACUGGUUUGUAAUUGCUUUAAUCCCUUUGAAGGAGAACUGUCACUUUUUAAUAUCACAAUUUUGUUUAAUAAAUAUGUAUUUGUGAAGUUUGAAAAAUAGAAUGUAAUUGAUCAUUCUAACCCUCUACGAACACAACGUGGAAGGUGCCAGCAGGUGGCGCUAGAUUCAUUAGAAACAUUAAAGCAUACAUGCUCCUUUUUAUCCAAUGGAAUUAUUAUUAAUAUCAGCGUUUAUAUAGCACCAACAUAAUCCACAGCGAUGUACAAUAAUCCAUUUGGAGAUAUAAAACAACAAGUAUUGGCAGAGAUGAGGUGAAUAGGGCCACACUCAAAAGAGCUAAUAAUAAAUAUUACAAUUUGUUUUGGCUGGUAAUUAACUUGGAUGUGACAGAGCAAACCUAAAGCACAGUAUACUCACGUGACUGACAGCUUAGAUUUCAUGUCAAUUUAAGCUUUUAUUAGCAUUUUUCAAUUCAGAUUCUAGAAUAUAUUGGCAUUUCUUUAAAAGGAAAUUUCCUGUGUGUGUGUGUGACUAACACACACACACUGUCACAUACACAGUUUCACUUACACACAAACGUUCAGUGACAUUCACAGUGCCACUUCACAUUUCACUAACACACACACACUCACUGACAUACACAAUGUCAUUUACACGCAGUCACUAACACACACAGUGUCACUUACACACUCUCACUCACACAUAGUGUCACUGACAUACACACGCAGUUUCACUGUGGUAGGUGUGGUCGUGGUGGUAGGAGUAUUCAUGUGCAGUGUUUCUGCUUGAGUUUAGUUAAUAGUGUUCAGGGUGCUAGUUGCACCCACAGCACACAUGACUUGGGCAAGCCAGAACUCUGUUUCGGGCUUCCAAAUGUAAAUUCUGUGCAUAAAAAAAAUGUCUAUCGCCAGCGCACACUUCAGUUUUCUCUUCCCUUCCACUGUGUGAGCCCUCCUGUCUCUGUAAACUGUAAAAUUGUUUUUUAUUUAAAUUAAAAUAAUUCCCUACCCUCCCUCCCUUCCCUACUUCCUCACUCCCUCUUACUCCCCCCAGCCAUCACCCCUUACCUUCAGAUGGACCAUACGUAAAUGCUGUGAAUGGAGCAGAGGGGUCCAGCCUGCAGGUAGCUGCUGUUGUUUCUGGUGGGGGGAGCAGGAGAGCUGUGCACUGUGAGCACAGGCUACUCGGAGUGCUUCUGGUGUUCGCAGGCAGGGGGCAGCCGGGAAGUCAUGUCAUGUCCUUCAGGAAGCCCAGUGCUUUGCUCGGGUGCUGGGGUUACAGCAUACCCCGCUCCCCAGCAGGAAGCCUCCUGGUGGACGCCCCCAUGAGGCUGGCACCCCAGGCAAAUGCCUUAUUCGCCUAAUGGUAACGCCGUGCCUUCUCCUUUUUUUUGUGGUUUAUAAAUGUAGCAAAUGUAGCAGAACUCCUUGCAGCUGUAAGUCCCCCAGGACAAAGCAAUGAAUACACUGUUCACAGCAGUAUUUGAAUGUCGUGACUACGCUGGGGAGGUAUGUACCUAUCAAGUCCCCCACAUUCCUAGAUACUGCAUGGUGGCAUCUAUAGCAUCCUGGAAAACCACAAAUGGAACUAUGUGUAAGUCAAUGGCAGCCACGCUAGAAUAAUAUCAGUUCGAGACGUUCAGAUGAAUGGAGCUGCAGGCAAGAGCUGAAUGGCAUUCUGUGAAUAACAGCCCUAACAGAGGCUACACUCGGCUCCGGCCGAAAACAAACAAUAAAAACAGGUUAGGAUUGCCUGGCAGGCUAUAAACGUUUCCCUAAUUUGAGCAGAGCUCCCUGCUGGAAAAUUCUAAUCUCAAGAAUUUGCAACAGAUGCAGAAAAGUCAAAAGCAGUAUUUAUAUAUAUAUAUUUAUAUUUUCUAGAAUGAUUUUUUUUUCUUCAUAUUUUUAAUGCAUUAUCCAUAUGAUGCAUUAACGUGGCCUGCAGUAUUUACUGAAUUUGUUGGCUUCUCUCUUCUUAUAUUUUCUAUUCUUUGAUAUCAUUAGGGCUCGCUACGACCCCCUGGUAGACCUCUGUUAGAUCUUGGUAUUUUCUCUUAUUCCUGACGACCUUUGAUGGAUUUGUAACACUGAGGAGCAUUUUCCUCACCUGGCACAACUUGAAAAGGCAAUCCCACAACAGUGCGCUUUCUCAUCCGCCUUCUCUUGUGUCGAGAGCUGCCAUCCUAUGGAACAGACUGACACCUUCCAAGGAAAAUAUUGACCCAAAUGAAAAUUUCUUCCUAUCUUGUAAAAGUUGUGAAGCACAGCAGCCGCCUAAUGUUUAAUAAGUGACAGCAAAGUCUAAUGUUUUACGAUAAUUUAACCUCUGUGGUGCUCGGGAGACUUGCUGGCGUGUUUUAGGCCACAGUCUGGCAAGGUGUAACUGGCACAGAAAUGGUUAAUUAAAAUAGUGAAUCACCAUUUUCAUAGUGCUAUUUAUUCGGCUGUGUAACAUUACCUCCCCUUAUUAUUCUGGAAAGAGAGAUGAGAUUUAAUGUUUCCUGGUUUGCAGUAUUUUGUGAUUGAAAGGAUGUGAAGGCUUUGCAAUUGUGUUGGAAAAUGGAAAGGCUUAGACUUAUCCAUAGGAUCGCUGAAUAUCCAAUGAUUUCUUGCUUUAACUGGCUGCAUUUAAAAAUCUAUUAGAUUGAAUAGAUUUGAACACAGUUCAGCCUUCCUAAAGGAAACAUUAUAAUCUGGGCUCAGCCACCCAUAAUGCAGACUUACAAAGUGUCUCUAUGUAGAAGGAACAGUCCCUAUUUUGGGCCCGAAUCCCUUUGUUCCUCUUUCUUAUUCUCAUGUCCCUCAUUUCUAGGAGCUCAGUUGUGUUAGUAUGUGUUCAUUUUAGUUGUAUAAAUUAGUAAGUCACCUAAAUUUUGCCAGAACAACCCCAUCUACCCCACAGCUCACACCACUCCCACCCCUGAAAUGAAAGUGUCCCUUUAUGUCCAUUUGAAAUGUUAGGAGGUAUUGCAUAAUAAAGAAAUGUAGAAAUCGUGUUUGUUUUUCAAACUUUCCUGGUUCCUUGAGUGAAGUGGGGUGAAAACUUUUGAAGACAAAGAAACAUUUUGGAUAUAUCUGUCAAUUCCCCCCUUCUAUUUCCCAAAACCUGCAUAUAGGUAUGCACACAUACCACUGUGGAUAAAAUAUUAAACUUGUGAUGAUAUUUAUUAUUACAAUUGCACCACCUUUGGUGUCCCGGAAGUGGGGGCGUGCUCAGAACCCUGUGUGAUCCAUCCUGGUAUACCUGGGAGCAGUUUGGGGAGCAGUUGGUUGGGUGAACUAACAGACAUAGCAUCCCACCCACACAGGGGGCCUUCCAGUUAUAUAGGCCCUUAGACCCCUCCUCAUGGGAGGGUCCCCACUUCCUUUCCCCUAUUUAAGCCCGCCCACCCUAGGUCCUGGGCUCAGUUGUUUUAUGAACUCCCUAGGGAUCAAACGUCUCCUCUGCCUUGGUUAACCCCUGCCUCUCUGGACCAAUGCUGGACCUUAUGGUAAAUCUUUCCCUAGUUGUUUAUUUAGCCAAAGACUUUAUACUUUUGCUUGCUUAUCCUGUCUAGAAUGUAAACUAAGAAUGUAUUUUGUUUUGGUGGUCCUGGUCCUACACUAUUUUGUUUUGUUCUCUUACUUUUCAGCUAAUGCCAUUUGUUUUAUUAAUAAAGACUUUAAAUUAAGUGCAUGUGCUUUGUUCAGAUCUCUGCAUACUAAGCCCAUUCACCACAAACCUGUGACACUUUAGAAAUUUGCCCUGGAAUUGACCUCAAACCCCCAAUGUCUUUUUUAUUAUUAUUUAAGCCCACAUUUCUUUUUUUUUAAAUUCUUUAUUUAUGAAAUGAUCAGACACCACAACAGUAUAUGCAACAUGAUGCAAUAAAGAACAACAUCGCAAUCACCAAAACAAUGCGCAUUACUUGUAAAAAACAAACAAUAUUGCAAAGUCUGACUACCAAUCACAAACAGCAUAUCUAACAUAUGAAUGUCGUCUUUACGAGUUUGAUUACUGCGGUAUCCCACCCAUUUUAUUUUAAGUAAGACAAUAAGUUCCCAUCUGAUAGUGAAAUACACAAUGAUAUUUCACGCUAUCCAUCCAUAGCUACCCCUAGAAUGCAGUAAGAAUUUGGCUAGGUCAAUGAACCAAAACUCAGUGUACAGGGAUGACAUUUAUGCGAAGAUAUUUUAAUAAUAGCCUACCAAUAAACACCCCUCGACCCGCCCCUCCAAAUAUAGCUUCAGUGAGCCAUAUGGUAACUGGGCAGUAACCAGAUAGAUGGGAAAAGACAAUAAAAAGAUAAAUAAAGAAAAGAACAGGUUAACCGAAAGAGGAGUACCAAAAGGAUAGAAGAGAAAAAAGAAGAGAGAGUAGGAUUGGGAGGGGGUAUUAUAGUGAUUUUCCCAGAAUAGUAAUGAUGCCGAUACGAUCAGAUAGCUGGAUAGCCACGAGCCGGGAUGUUUUUAGCAAGUACCGCCAUGCCAGUGCGAAAAACUAUAAACCGUGAACAUCUCGUGGGAUCCUGAGGGUCCCGCUUCGGAAGGGGGAGUAAAAGUGUGCUAUGCAUCCUGUCAUCAAUAGAGGUGUUUCGGGGUACGCAGGGAACGAGCCCGUCCCCCACUCCCCUAAUCACCCACCCCACUAGCCACCCACGGGUUCCAAAUCUUUUCCAUUUUCUUCUUAGUGCCCCGGACCCUAGCUGUUAACUCGUCCAUUAUGUAUGUAUCCUUAAUCUUUUGUAUCACCACCUCCAUAGGGGGGGUCUCUCCCUGUAGCCACACUUGGGCCAUGGCCCUUCUGGCAGCCAGGGUCACCUUAUGUAGUAAAUUUUGUUCCGAUCUGGACCAGUUCUCCAGCGAUCUGGCCAGGAGGAAAACCCAGGGGUCUGGUUUGAUCACCCUAUCAAAGAUAUUUCCCAGUAAAUCCGCGACCCGUUUCCAGAAUUUUUGUGCCUCUGGACAGACCCACCACAUAUGUAAAUACGUCCCUUUCUGGCCACAUCCUCUCCAGCAUAAAUCUGUAUUAAUUUUAUUCAUCCGGUAAAGCUUCGCCGGGGUAGCGUACCACCGGAACAUAGUCUUAUAGGCUUGUUCUUGAAAUGUGACACAAAUAGACGAGGUCGCCGCUGCCUCCCAGAUCUCUUGCCACUCAACACCCUCCAGUUCCUCAUUCAGAUCCAUUUCCCAUUGAGACGUAUAAUGAAGCUCCCCCCAUUCAGAUGUGGUCGUACUGAGGUGCGCGUAUAAGUUAGUGAUGAGGCCUUUCGGAAAUUGUUCUUGAAUGCACAUUCUUUCAAAAAACGUGAGUGGAGUCAAGGCGCUAGUUUUAAUCUGUGGGUUAUGGGCGAAGUCCCUUAACUGGAGGUAUCGAAAAAAAUUGGAGGGACGUAGAGUAGCUCUGGACUUCAAAUCAUCGAAGGAUAUAAAAGCACCCCCCUCAUAAAGAAGACAUAGUCGUUGUACCCCUGUGCUCUCUAUGCCCUUAAAGUUUCUGGCUUCCAAUCCCGGAGGGAACGCUCGAUUCCUCAGAUAAGGGGCCAAUGGGGUUAAGCCCACAUUUCUAUAGGUUCUUUUAAAAGUAGCAUGUUACUAUAUUCACAGGAAUAAGGCCCUGGGGAGAUAGCACGGCUAAGCGGACAAGGACACAUGUUUGAGUGUGGGGAUGGAUGCUUGUGAUUGGCUGUGUAUGUAUGGGAGUGGUUAUGUGUUUGGGAGUGGUGUAGAGAUCAUCUUACCUCAGUGCCUCUUGGGAGACGGGCCAGCAAACAACUUCUCUACCACCCACCCUCUUUUCUAUUUGUUAUUGUUUAUGCUACAGCUAGCGGGGGGCGUGUCCUUGCCAAUAGGUGUUGGGGAGCUAUCACAUGGAAUGUCAGGAGAUGGACAAGGUCGGGUCUCAACCUCCCCUGCUCUGUAGGAUAAACUUUUCCAUUACCGACUUGGACGUGCUCACCGAGCUAAAAGCCGGCUGGUGGUGAGCAUUAAAAGGAAAAGGCGAGAAUCCAGUGGGAAAGUUGGUGCAUAGGCACCUGGCCUCAUUCAUUUGCAAAGACGUUUAUGUAUGCUGUAGGGCCUAGGUGAAUUUAUAUGUUAAGUUAAGGAUUAUUUAUGUAUUUUUCUAUGGUUAUAAUUAAAUGAUAAAGUUAGUAAAUGUUGGAUGAGUCUUAUCGUCUUAUGUUUAAUAAAUGCUGUGUCCUGUUUCAUCCAAAUUCGGUAUUGGAGGUUAUUUGGGGUAGGCUCUGUUUUUCUUAUUUGCACCACAUUCCCCACUACGUCCAUGCAAGACAAGACCAUGUGUUUAAGUCUUACGUUAACCAGAAAGUAUCUAUAGUUAUAAAUGGAUAAAGAUACAUGCGAGAUAUGUAGACCAUUAGGGAUACCUCAUCUAGUGUAGUCUUGGAGCACUAUAAUUUUUGAUUUUCUUAUCAAUGUACUUACUCUGUUCUGUCAUUUACAGGAUGCUGUGUAUACUUGAAUCUCCUUCUUGGUGGCCCUUCAGCAUGAAGCCUUGGAAGAGUGCUUCAUGUGUCCAGCGCAAAGAAACCUCCAUGGACUCCAGUUCUCAGGUUAAUGACAAGGAAGGUAGCCUACUGAUGAUCCCAGUAAUCUUCUCCAACAAACCAGAUCAGCAAUUUAAACCGGGGAAGCUCACCUUGUUACCAACCGCCCUGGAGAUCUGGGACUGUAAUUCUCAGCUGGUUCACCGAUAUGAGAUACAAGAUGUGGAUGACAUCAAAAUCUUCACUGGAUAUGAUAUUAGUGUUCGGCAAAGAUUUAUUGGCAAACCAGACAUCACAUAUCGAAUUCUGUCGGCUAAGCUGCCUGACAUUAUCCCAAUUCUGGAAAUGCAGUACAGUAAGAAGAUUGAAUUCCUUGAGGACUCUUUAAUGUUCCGUGAAGCAUGGAAACACACUCCAAGCGAUGGCUCUAGUCCUAUACUGGAAACUGGUAUGAAAAUACAAUUUCAUGUUUUUGUAUGGCUUAUGUUAGUUAUGUGGUUAGCAAUAUACGAGGAGUGUAAAACUGUGUCCAUCUGUUAUUUAAUAUAUAUAUAUUUUUUAAAACACUCAAAUUUUAAAGGAACACUAUAUGGCCAAACAUGUAUUUCUGACCAUGUAGUGUUAAAACACCAUCUAGCCUCCCUGACUUCAUCUUACCUCCCUAAAUAUAGUAAAAUCUUACUUUUACUCCAAUCUGCUGCUGGCGGCUCUGGCCCUGAUCUGGCUGACAGCAUAAGAAGCGUUAGUCAAAGCCAAUCAAAAUGCUUUCCCUAUAGGGAAGCAUAGGAUUGGCUGAGACUGUCAAGGAGGCAGAUCAGGGGAAGAGCCAGCACAAGCCAAACACAGCUUUGGCCAAUCAGCGUCUCCUCAUAGAGAUGAAUUGAAUCAAUGUAUCUUUAUGAGGAAAGUUCAGUGUCUGCAUGCAGAGGGAGGAGAUACUGAAUGUUUGGAUGCAUUUUAGGCAGCCAUGACCCAGGAAGGAUCUCUAACAGCCAUCUGAGGAGUGGCCAGUGAAGUUAUCACUAGGCUGUAAUGUAAACACUGCAUUUUCUCUGAAAAGACAGUGUUUACUGCAAAAAGCCUGAAGGGAAUGAUUCUACUCACCAGAACAAAUUCAAUAAGUUGUAGUUGUUCUGGUGACUAUAGUGUCCCUUUAAGGUCGUAUAUACACCUACAUUACCUUUUCUUAGAACAUUUUUCACAGCAUGCAUUUAACCUCCUUAAAGAACCAUUACUAUGUAUUACAAUCAUUUUACACUUUAAUCUCUAAAAAGAAUGCCAUUUGAUGGCAAAUCAGCGUGCACUUUAGAAGAUACGUGCCAUUUGAUGCCAUCUCCGUAAAGUUCUAGGUACCAACCUACCUGCAGUGAUUUUUAUACCGAAUCAAUAGAGGAGACAGACUAGACCCUCUAACCAAUCGCUUACAAAAACAAGGGUUUUCCAGAGACAGACCUAAUUCGCUGUCGGAGGAAGCGGGUAUAAAAUUACAUGUAGCUUCAAAAUAUACAUCGAGUUUUCACAUCUGUCAGAUAUGAGCACGAUUGUAAUAUGUGUUACAAUCAAAAAAGCAGCUUCAUGGGCUGUAAUCAGACAGAAUGUAUUGUUAAAUAUGUGUUUUCUGGUUAGGUCUGAUACCAAAGCUGUAAAAAGAAAUGAAACCACAAUAGGGAGUUACAUCACAAAGCUAAAACUGACCAAAGGGCCACUUUGCAGGUCUACCCCAUAAAGCCACAAGCAGGUCCAAGAAGUAACCACCUUUCUAGUAGGAUUGACAGUAUACGUACAAAUUUUACAUAUUGAAUUGGCAGCCAUGACGUUGAUGGAGGUAAUAGGACUGGUCUACAGUCUCCAUUAGCUAACACAGUAUUAUAGUAAACAACACUUAGAUCGCAAAAUUAGAUACAAUUGCCUGCAGCAUAGAUCAUCAUACAAUCCUCAGGCAUUAUCAAAGGUCCUAAUUUAGAGGAUCUUCUUAUAUUGAUCAUAAACAGCUUCUUCUUAACCUCUGUAAUCUUGCUCUACGAGAUACUGCUCUCACCUGGUGCUCCUCCUACCUCUCCCAGUGCUCUUUCAGUGUUUAAUUCUCUGGAUCCUUUCCCCAACCCCUCUAUGUUGGUGUCCCCCCGUCACCUCUCUCUGUUGGUGUUCCACCAAGGUUCUGUCCUCGGUUCCCUAAUGUUCUUGAUCUAUACUGCCUCCCUUAGUAAACUCACCAGUUCCUUUGGCUUACAAUAUCAUUUCUGUGCAGAUGACAUGGAAAUCUAUCUGUCCUCUCCUGAUCUCUCGCCACCCCUUUUGACUGCCUCUCUGCUAUUUCUAACUGGAUGGCUGCUCACUUCCCUAAAGAGACACUAUAGUCACCAGAACAAUUACAGCUUAAUGUAGUUGUUUUGGUGAGUAUAGCAUGCCCCUGUAGGCUUUUUGCUGUUAACACGGCCUUUUCAUAGAAUAGGCAGUGUUUACAUUGCUGCCUAGUAACAACUUCAGUGGCCACUCCUCAGAUGGCCAUUAGAGGUGCUUCCUGAAUCAGUGCUGCACAAUGCGCAGCAAUGACAUUCAGUGUCUCCGCGCCCUGCAUGGAAACGCUGAUAGCUUCCCAUAGAGAUGCAUUGAUUCAGUGCAUUUUUAUGAGGAGAUGCUGACUGGCUAGGGCUGCGUUUGGCCCCACCCCGCCUCCUUGUCUGAGAUCAUCUGAAUUGACGUUCUCAGCCAAUCCAUUGCUUUCCUUUGGAAUAAUCAUUUCUGAUAUCAGCCAGGGAAGAGGAUUGAAGGCAAAGCCAGCACCAGCAGCCAUGUGCAGCACUGGGAAGAAGGUACGUUUUCUUAUAAUUUAAAGGGGCCAGGGACCCUACAUGUGUUUUUACCACAAUAGUGUCAGGAAUACACAUUUGUGUUUCUGACCCUAUAGUGUUCCUUUAAACAUAACCUGUCCAAAACAGAACUUCUGGUCUUUUCUCCCUCUAGUGUAUCUACUCCCAUGUAUGUCUCCCUCUGAGUCAAUGGCUCUACCAUAACCUCUACCUCGCAGGCUCGCUGCCUACGUGUUGUCUUUGAAUUUGAUCUCUCCUCCACCCCUCAUGUCCAAUCAAUUGCCGAAUCCUGCCGCUUCCAUCUCAAAAACAGAGUGCGCAUCCGCCCAUAUUUAAUGCCAGAUGCGGCUAAGGAGCUGGUCCUUGCAUUGUCCUCUCUCGCCUUGACUACUACAAUCCCCUUCUCAGGUCUUACUUGCUCCCAACUUGCGCCGUUACAGUCUAUAAUGAAUACGGUGGCAAGGCUCAUCUUUCUGUCUGUCUGCACCCUCCCACACUUCCCCGAAGACUUCUUUAGGGCUCCUUUGGAACUCCAUUCCCUGCUUUGUUAGACUUUCACCCAGUCUUCAAAAAAUUAUUGAAAACUCACUUUUUUAGGAAAGCGUAUCAAUUAAACUGUUAAUAGCUUUCCCUCCCCCACACCCUGAUUCCUCUCCUAAAACUGUAAUUAAAAAAAACAAAAACACACUAAGCCCUCAGUGAAUACUACUCUACCCUACGCUACUCUUACCUUUAGUGUCACAGUACCCCACUCCCUCUAGCAUGUAAGCUCAUUGAGCAGGGCCCUCAAUCGCUCUGUUCCUGUGAGUCCUACUCGUCUGGUUACAAAUACGUGUCUUUUAGUCCACCCAUUGUACAGCGCUUUGGAAUUUGAUGACGCUAUAUAAAUAAUAAUAUUAGGAAAUAUAUAGCACCAGUACUUGUUUCUAUCUUCUAUAAAAAGUCAUGCAACGAUCCAAGGAAAACCCACUCUGCUUUGACUAAAACAGUGACUUACACACAUGGAACGGCAGCUGGUGUUUACCGUUUUAUCAAGGACAUAUCUAACAUCAUUUAUAUUCAUAUAAUAUGGAAAACCUCUAAAUAUCACAGCUAAUGAUACUUCAUUUACGGACAUCAAGUCUGGAUGGCUGAGCAUUUUGUGAAUUAUUGUCCGCAAUCCCUCCAUGGACAGUAAAAUUCUAAUUCUCAUCAUCCUCAGCCCUUUACGAGUACCAGCUGAGAAUAAUUUUUUUCAUGCUUGUGCUGAAUCCCACCCUGCCUGCGCUUUCUCUCUGAGCUUUGUCCCUCUGACUCAGUUUGUUAAUAUUGCUGACAUCCGAAUCCCCACCUGUACUUUUAUUAUUAUAACUGGAAGCUGCAAGCAGUGGAAAUCCUGACUCCUCAGAGCCCCACCUGCUACAGAAGAAAUUAUUCUAACAUAGAGCAGUAAUCCACCAACUAACCACUAGAUGGCAGGAAAGUACCUUGCCAAAUGUAGAAUUCUAUUCUGCAUUAGCCGUGGUGUGCUACGUCCUUGUUAUUAGUUAUAAAUGAACAAUUAGUUAAAAAAUUUAAGUUUUUUUUUUUUGCCUUGUAUUGUAUUAAUGAGUUUAUAAAUCAUAAAUCAGUUUAAUUGAUAAUACAGAUAUCUAGUGAAAAAAAGUAAAUUUUAUUAAAAAUGUUGUUUUAGAAAGUUAUAGCCAAAUGCUGAUGUGGCAUGCUAUUCACAGAGCACCCAUCUAAGAUCUGGCAUAGUACUUGCACUAACAGAAACAUGGCUCUCUCUCUGAUACUGCUACACCUGCCUCACUGUCUUUUGGUGGUCUUCACUUUACCCACAACCCAAGACAAGCAGAGAUUAAAGGUGGCGGUGUAGGUUUUCUUCUCUCACCCCACUGCUCCUUUAAAACCCUGUCCACCCCCCCUUCCCUCUCUUUUCCAUCAUUUGAAAUUCAUUUAAUCCGCCUUUUCAAACCCUUCUCUGCUAACAUUGCCGUAAUCUAUUGUCCCCCUGGUUCCCCUCUCCUCUUCCUUGACCACUUUGCUGCCUGGCUACCCUACUUCCUCUCUUCCAACAUCCCAUCCCUAAUUCUUGGAGACUUCAAUAUUCCCAUUAACCCACCUUUAACCCCAGCAGCCUCUAAACUACUUUCAAUCACUUCCUCCCUUGGACUUUUGCAGUGGGCUAAUUCUCCCACUCAUGUAGCUGGCAAUACCCUCGACCUUAUUUUCUCUUAUUCAUGUACAGUAUCUAAUAUCUGCAACACUCCAUUUCCUCUCUCUGAUCACCACCUCUUAUCGUUUGCUCUCAAUUACCCCCUCACCCAAAAAUCUCAGCCUAACCACCCUCAGCUCAGGAGGAACCUUAACUCUAUUGACCUCCAGCAGCUGUCAGCUGACAUUGAUUCACAACUGCUAUCCAUCCCUUCCCUCUCCUGUCCCUCACUGGCCAUCUCCACAUAUAACACUACCCUCACAUCUGCCUUGAACACUGCAGCCCCACUCAAAACAUGCACCUCGAGGAGGACACGACCCCAACCUUGGCAUAAUAAAUCAACACGCUAUCUGCAGAGUUGCUCCCGUUGUGCUGAAUGCUCCUGGAGGAAGUCCCGCACCCAGGUAGACUUUCUCCAUUAUAGAUUCAUGUUGCUUUCAUACAGCGCAGCCCUCUCCCUCGCCAAACAGUCAUACUUUUCCUCUCUCAUUAGUUCAUGCUCCCGCAAUCCCAGACGCCUCUUUGGCACAUUUAAUUACCUUCUCCGCCCUGCUGUGGCCACCCCCCAAACUAACCUUACAGCUGAUAGCUUUGCAUGCUACUUUACCGACAAGAUUGAACAGUUAAGGAAACAAUUCUCCCCUCCUUGCCGUUCUCUUUCUCAACCACAUGUAAAUCUUGCUUUCCCUACCCUCCAGACUUUCUACCCGGCUACUGAACAAGAGGUGGCUGCGCUUCUCCAUUCCUCUCACCCCACCACUUGCCCGCUCGAUCCUGUCCCAUCUCACCUCAUCAGAUCUCUCUCCCCUUGUCUUGUGCCUACCCUAACACACAUCUUUAACUGCUCUCUCUCUUCUGGCACUGUUCCUGCUGACCUUAAACAUGCCACUGUAAUACCUAUCCUGAAAAAAACAUCUCUUGACCCAUCCUCCCCUUCUAACUAUCGUCCCAUAUCCCUGCUCCCUUUCUCAUCAAAGCUUUUGGAAAGACUUGUCUUUACCCGUGUGUCCCGCUUCCUUAAUUCCAACUCUCUCCUUGACCCUCUUCAGUCUGGCUUCCGCCCUCUCCACUCUACUGAGACUGCUCUUAUCAAAGUGACUAAUGACCUAAUCUCCGCUAAAUCCAAAGGUCAUUACUCCAUAUUAAUUCUCCUUGACCUCUCUGCUGCCUUUGACACCAUUGAUCAUGCUCUCCUCCUUCAAACUCUUCAAUCGCUCGGUCUCUGUGACUCUGUCCUCUCUUGGUUUUCCUCCUAUCUCUCCCAACGCUCAUUCAGUGUCUCCUUUUCCAAGGAUACCUCCUCCCCUCGUCCUGUCUCGGUUGGAGUUCCCAAGGGUCUGUCCUUGGUCCCCUUCUAUUUUCUCUUUAUACUGCCUCUCUUGGUAAACUUAUUGCCUCUUUUGGAUUCCACUACCACCUGUACGCUGAUGACACUCAGAUAUACCUCUCCUCCCCGGACCUCUCCCCUGCCGUCCUGCAACGUGUCACUGCUUGCCUUUCUUCCAUCUCUGACUGGAUGUCCUCACGCUUUCUGAAACUUAACCUCUCUAAAACUGAACUCCUUGUUUUUCCUCCUCCUAAUACUGAUCCUCCUCUCUCGCUCUCCCUUCAAGUCAGUGAUAUCCACACAAGUCCAUCCCUGCAAACGCGCUGUCUUGGCGUCAUACUUGACUCUGGUCUCACCUUUGGGUCUCACAUCCAGUUUGUUGCCAAGUCCUGUAGGUUCCAACUCAAAAACAUAGCCCGCAUCCGCCCCUUUCUUAAGCAAGAUGCUACCAAGGAGCUUGUCCAUGCUCUAGUAAUUUCCCUCAUGGAUUACUGUAACCCUCUCCUGAUUGGUCUCCCCAAAAGCCGUAUUGCCCCGCUACAGUCUGUAAUGAAUGCUGCAGCUAGACUGAUUUUCCUCUCUAGUCGGUCCUCUCACCCCUCUGCCAGUCCUUAUAUUGGCUCCCUGUAUGCUAUAGGAGUCAAUUCAAAGUGCUAACCCAUACAUUUAAAGCACUGAACAAUUCUAGCCCCACUUAUAUCUCUUCACUAAUCCAUAGAUAUGCCCCUCCUCGUACCUUCCGCUCUGCCCAUGACCACCUCCUGACCGCUGCUCGCACCCGUACGGACAACUCGCGCUUGCAGGACCUCUCGCGGGCGGCUCCUCUCCUAUGGAAUAGCUUGCCUACUGCCAUCAGACUCUCCCCUAGUCUUCAAUCAUUUAAGAAGGGCCUUAAAACCCAUCUCUUAAGGAAAGCUUAUGGCCUCCCAGAGUAAUCUCUACCUUACAUACCUGUCUCCUGCUCUCUCCUAUGGGACAGUGCUUUGCUCUCUCCUCCAGCUCUGCUUCACUUCUGCCUGCGUUUUGCCUCUGUUCUUCUUUGAUUUGCCCUGCUUGGGACGCAUAAAGGUCCCUGGUACUCUGCUAUAAUAGAGGAAUAAAGGUUCCGGUACUCUCCUAUAAUAGAGGAAUAAAGGUUCCGGUACUCUCCUAUAAUUGAUAAGUAGAGUUUCUGGUACUCAUCUUUAAUUGAGGAAUAAAGGUUUCGGUACUCUCCUAUAAAAGAGGUAUAAAGAUUUCGGUACUCUCCUAUAAUAGAGGAAUAAAGGUUUCGGUACUCUCCUAUAAUAGAGGUAUAAAGGUUUUGAUACUCUCAUAUAAUAGAGACAUAGAUGUUCCAGUACUCUUCUAUAAUAGAGACAUAAAGAUUCCGGUACUCUCCUGUAAUAGAGGUAUAAAGAUUCCGGUACACUCCUAUAAUAGAGGUAUAGAGAUUCCGGUACUCUCCUUUAAUAGAUACAUAGAUGUUCCGGUACUGUCAUAUAAUAGAGACAUAGAUAUUCCAGUACUCUCCUAUAAUAGAGACAUAAAGAUUCCGGUAUUCUCCUAUAAUAGAGGUAUAAAGAUUCCGGUACUCUCUUAUAAUAGAGGUAUAAAGAUUCUGGUACUCUCAUAUAAUAGAGACAUAGAUGUUCCGGUACUCUCAAAUAAUAGAGACAUAGAUGUUCCGGUACUCUCAAAUAAAAGAGACAUAGAUGUUCCAGUACUCUCCUAUAAUAGAGGUAUAAAAAUUCCGGUACUCUCCUAUAAUAGAGGUAUAAAGGUUUUGGUCCUCUCAUAUAAUAGAGGUAUAAAGAUUCCGGUACUCUCAUAUAAUAGAGACAUAGAUGUUCCGGUACUCUCAAAUAAUAGAGACAUAGAUGUUCCAGUACUCUCCUAUAAUAGAGGUAUAAAGAUUCCGGUACUCUCAUAUAAUAGAGACAUAGAUGUUCCGGUACUCUCAAAUAAAAGAGACAUAGAUGUUCCAGUACUCUCAUAUAAUAGAGGUAUAAAGAUUCCGGUACUCUCCCAUAAUAGAGGUAUAAAGAUUCCGAUACUCUCCUGUAAUAGAGGUAUAAAGAUUCCGGUACUCUCCUAUAAUAGAGGUAUAAAGAUUCCGGUACUCUCCUAUAAUAGAGACAUAAAGAUUCCGGUACUCUCCUAUAAUAGAGGUAUAAAGGUUUUGGUCCUCUCAUAUAAUAGAGACAUAGAUGUCCCAGUACUCUCCUAUAAUAGAGACAUAAAGAUUCCGGUACUCUCCUGUAAUAGAGGUAAAAAGAUUCCGGUACUCUCCUUUAAUAGAUACAUAGAUGUUCCAGUACUCUCAUAUAAUAGAGACAUAGAUGUUCCGGUACUCUCAUAUAAUAGAAACAUAGAUGUUCCAGUACUCUCCUAUAAUAGAGACAUAAAGAUUCUGGUACUCUCCUAUAAUAGAGACAUACAGAUUCCGGUACUCUCCUAUAAUAGAGGUAUAAAGGUUUUGGUACUCUCAUAUAAUAGAGACAUAGAUGUUCCGGUACUCUCCUAUAAUAGAGGUAUAAAGAUUCCAGUACUCUCAUAGAAUAGAGACAUAAAGAUUCCGGUACUCUCCUAUAAUGGAGGUAUAAAGGUUUUGGUACUCUCAUAGAAUAGAGACAUAGAUGUCCCAGUACUCUCCUAUAAUAGAGGUAUAAAGAUUCCGGUACUCUCCUAUAAUAGAGGUAUAAAGGUUUUGGUACUCUCAUAGAAUAGAGACAUAGAUGUCCCAGUACUCUCCUAUAACAGAGGUAUAAAGGUUUCGGUACUCUCCUAUAAUAGAGGUAUAAAGAUUCCGGUACUCUCCUAUAAUAGAGGUAUAAAGGUUCCAGUACUCUCCUAUAAUAGAGACAUAAAAAUUCCGGUACUCUCCUAUAAUAGAGGUAUAAAGAUUCCGGUACUCUCCUGUAAUAGAGGUAUAAAGAUUCCGGUACUCUCCUUUAAUAGAGGUAUAAAGGUUCCAGUACUCUCAUAGAAUAGAGACAUAGAUGUCCCAGUACUCUCCUAUAAUAGAGAUAUAAAGAUUCCGGUACUCUCCUAUAAUAGAGGUAUAAAGGUUCCAGUACUCUCCUAUAAUAGAGGUAUAAAGAUUACGGUACUCUCCUAUAAUAGAGGUAUAAAGAUUCCGGUACACUCCUAUAAUAGAGGUAUAAAGGUUUUGGUACUCUCAUAGAAUAGAGACAUAGAUGUCCCAGUACUCUCCUAUAAUAGAGACAUAAAAAUUCCGGUACUCUCCUAUAAUAGAGGUAUAAAGAUUCCGGUACUCUCCUGUAAUAGAGGUAUAAAGAUUCCGGUACUCUCCUUUAAUAGAUACAUAGAUGUUCCAGUACUCUCAUAGAAUAGAGACAUAGAUGUCCCAGUACUCUCCUAUAAUAGAGACAUAAAGACAUAAAGCUCUCCUAUAAUAGAGGUAUAAAGGGUACUCUCCUAUAAUAGAGGUAUAAUAGAGGUAUAAAGAUUCCUUUACACUCCUAUAAUAGACGUAUAAAGGUUCCAGUACUCUCCUAUAAUAGAGGUAUAAAGGUUCCAGUACUCUCCUAUAAUAGAGACAUAAAGAUUCCGGUACUCUCCUAUAAUAGAGGUAUAAAGGUUUUGGUGCUCUCAUAGAAUAGAGACAUAGAUGUCCCAGUACUCUCCUAUAAUAGAGGUAUAAAGGUUCCGGUACUCUCCUGUAAUAGAGGUAUAAAGAUUCCGGUACUCUCCUUUAAUAGAUACAUAGAUGUUCCAGUACUCUCAUAGAAUAGAGACAUAGAUGUCCCAGUACUCUCCUAUAAUAGAGACAUAAAGAUUCCGGUACUCUCCUAUAAUAGAGGUAUAAAGGUUCCAGUACUCUCCUAUAAUAGAGGUAUAAAGAGUACUCUCCUAUAAUAGAAGGUUCCAGUACUCUCCUAUAAUAGAGACAUAAAGAUUCCGGUACUCUCCUAUAAUAGAGGUAUAAAGGUUUUGGUACUCUCAUAGAAUAGAUACAUAGAUGUCCCAGUACUCUACUAUAAUAGAGACAUAAAGAUUCCGGUACUCUCCUAUAAUAGAGAUAUAAAGAUUCCGGUACUCUCCUUUAAUAGAUACAUAGAUGUUCCAGUACUCUCAUUUAAUAGAUACAUAGUUGUUCCAGUACUCUCCUAUAAUAGAGGUAUAACGAUUCCGGUACUCUCCUAUAAUAGAGGGAUAAAGGUUCCGGUACUCUCCUAUAAUAGAGGUAUAAAGAUUCCGGUACUCUCCUAUAAUAGAGGUAUAAAGAUUACAGUACUCUCCUUUAAUAGAUACAUAGUUGUUCCGGUACUCUCCUAUAAUAGAGACAUACAGAUUCCGGUACUCUCCUAUAAUAGAGACAUAGAGGUUCCGUUACUCUCCUAUAAUAGAGGUGUAAAGGUUCUAGUAAUCUCCUAUAUGAAGGAAAGAAAUGUUAUUAGAAUAUUAGAAUACAGAUUCUGGCAUUCUCCUGUACUAGGAGAAACACAGUGGUAUUUAAUUCUGGCAUGGAGCUCCCUAUAGAAAGCUCUGGUGCACGAAUAGUUAACCAGUAGCAAUGCCGGGAUCUUUGAUUGCUCUAUCUUGUUUGUAGGAAGAAGGCUGUAAAUGAUUUCAGUCCAUGUGUUGUGCGAGCACUGAGGCCGUCCCUGUAACACACGCAAUGUGCCGAUCAUAAUGCAAAGCAGAAGGCAGCAAGAACCACAAGCAGAAAUAAUUCCAUACGGACUGGGCUACACCUCAGUCCAAAGCUGCAGGGCGGAGGUUUUCACAGGAAAGGGUCACACGUCAGGAUCCCACAGUGAUGUCAAAAGAUUCCAAACAAACUGUGCACAUCAUGCCAAACGAGCCUGUUAGCAUCGCAGUGCCUGGGUGGAGGGCAGCCCGGCAAAGCGGCAAUUUAAAGGACCAGACUGCACGCGUGGCCUUACAUUUGAAUUCUCACUUUAGUGAAUACCUCUGCCAGUGUGAUAGUAUAGGGAUAAGUCUGCAGGAUGGUGAGCGCCACACUUGAGUAUUUAACAUAAGGUAAAUAUUCUUUUCGCACAGAUGGUGAAAGUGUGAAUGGAACAUAUCAGAUUGGUGGGAUUGUGAUCGUAUGUUUAACGGCUCGUCGGCAGCCAUAACGCGAGGCUUUAAGUUCCCUAUAUCUCAGGUACUCGUAGUGCCAGUAGGAAUUUGGUGCAUCGCUACAUGUGCACAAUACAAUCCCAAGAAUGCCGCCACGCACAAGAUGGUGUAUUUAUCCAGGAUAAUAGAGCUGCGGGGACAAAGUGAGGAACAUUCUGAGAAAUGGGAAUUGCCUGAAAUUUAAAGUGAAUCUCAAAAUUGGUGCUAAAAUAGUUGUAUGAAAAUUACAUUUUAAGGUUGUCGUUUUUUGUGCCGCGAAUGUUAAAUUCCCUUUUUAUUCCCAGCAAUUCCCACCUUAGUGAAUAACAAUGUGAGUGUUCUGUUCUAACAAGUGAUCUAAGAGUGGGGCGAUCACCAUAGAAACCAGUGGAACCAGCAGCCACAUUCCGAUGCUGACUCCAACACUUUACAUAUUUGAAGCACUGUCUGGGACAGAACUCUUGGUAAAUCUCCCCAUUCUAGGUGUAGGUCUAGUUUAUUCUUUUUUCCCAGCAGAUGUGAGCUGCAAUCUGAUAAAUAAUUUACACCAACAGAAAUGGUUUGAAACCAAUAUUGGAAAUAAAAUUAUUAAUUUAAGUUAUGACGUAUGAAGAAGCUAUCAGCAGGGCCUGGGGCACAAGAUAUAAAUGAAUGACUGUCUGACCGUUUGAGGCAGGCGGCAGAUAUGAGCUGUGGGCGGGGUCACCAGAAUGAUCUCCCAUUGGCUGAGUUUAUUCCCCCCCCACCAUCAGGUGUUUUCACUCUUGUUCUUUUUAUCCCACACACUGCGAUGUUACAAUGUAACUGCUUGUGUAAUCUGUUACAUAUUAAUCAGAAAUACUCUACUUCAAACCACUUUGUCGGCCAGUCAUACAGUGCGAUUGCCCCCUUGUUCCUCCCAUUGCGCAGUUUGUUACUCAUUAAGCAGGAGAGAAUUUUUCCGCGAUCAGCAUUUGAUUUUUAACUAGAUCGCAGCUGACAGUUCCUCUGCAAACAUUAACCGGCACUGGCACUGUGUCUGCUAGUGGCCUGGCUCUCGGAAUAACUAAACACUUUGGAUGGCUUUCCCCAUUAAUGACUCACUUGUCCUUGUGGUCACAAAGAGUCAUUUCAAUAACUAACUGACAAAGAGCCAGAUUAGCACAGGGUGCUAUAGGACAGCAGCUCAGAUCCUGCGUGUGUGAUCUCUGGUCACUAUAAUACAUUGCAGUGUCUGUACAUUAUCUCAGCCGCACGCAUACAAUUAUUCAUAUAGUGCCAACAUAUUCUGCAGCACUGUACAACAGGUAAAAAAAUAAAAAGGCACAUGUUUGACAUACGGGGACAAUGGGUGAAGAGGGCUCUGUCCAGACGAGCUUACAUGGAAUCGUGUACACCGACACCAAUCACUCCUUCAAAAAUGACAUAAACAAAGACAUCGUCAUCUUCAAGCUACACUCAGAGAGGUAGAAACACCAGCGACUGGUUUUCAGGAAACCUGUAAGGGGUCCAUUUAUUUACUUUGUACAUUAUUUAAGGAUAAAAAUGGUGUAAAUCUAGCCCAAAUAAUCCCUUUACACUGCCGCUCUCACUGGCUGUAAGCGUUAGCUGCACACUGACAGCCAAUCAGCACAGUCCUCUAUGGGUCAUGCUUGUACUCAGUGAAGACAUUUGGCUUCUGUUGGAGGAGAAGACCGAAUGUGACUCAGGUGCCUUGGAAACCCAGGUAGUUUGUCAAACUGUGCUAAACCGGUUUGACAAAUUACAUUGCAAGGGCACCAUAACCACUACAGUAAAUAUAUUUCCCCCCAUCGUUAGAAGAUAUGUUCCAGUCCAGUAAUCCAUUACUAUCCCGUUCUCAUACCUGCACCUCUAACCUGACACCUCUAUAUAGAAUGCCCUCCUGCACAACAUCUGACUCUUCCCGUCUCUCUGCAGUCCUUCAAAAAUCCUAAAAGGGAUCUCCCCAUCUCUGCACUCCUUCAAAAAUCCUUAAAGGGACACUAUAGGCACCCAGACUACUUCAUUUCACUGAAGUGGUCUGGAUGCACUGUCCCCCUCAGUCCUGUAAUGUAAAACAAUGUAGGUUCUCUCCAUUGACUGACAUUGGAGGAGGCCAACCCAGCACAGAGGGACAUCGGUGUUUAAAGGGCUUAUAAACCUUUAUAUGGCCGGGGGAGGACGCGGGGCAGAGGGAGUAUAGUGUAGGAAAUCAACUUUGUAUUCUUAGGAUUGCAGUGUUCCUUUAUAAACAUCCUUAGAGAAGCCUGUCAGUUGGCCUUUUAACUCCUCAUCCACUACAACCAUCCUUGGUUAUCUCCCUUCUACUGUUACCCCUCCUCCAAAUCAGCUAUCCUCAGAUAUAACCAAAUUCCCUUAUGUCCCUCUGUGUAUUUGUUCAGGGCCAUCUUCAUCUGCUGUUCUCAAAUAAUAAUAGCAAAGCAUUUAACCAGGAAAGGUACAUUCAGAUUACUCUGGUUUUCAAAUACGUCCUGGGGAUGUUACUUUAAAAUGUCAAACUUGUUUUGUCAGAAUGAAUUGUCUUGGUCUAUUAUACAGCGCUGCGGAGUAUGUUGGUGCUAUAUAAAUAAUUGUAAUUGUCACUUCGUACUGUUUAGAUUUGUAUUGUAUAUUGCAUCUAAUGGCAGAGUUGAUGAGAAGUGUUUUUGCUUCUUGUUUUAGGAUCUUGGUAUAUUGACGCCAUUGUAAAAUCUGAGUCUUUUGAAGAAGGUCGUACCGAGAUGAUGAUGCAAAGCCAGGCAGAGGCUCAGGAGCUGAGAAAGGUAAAAUCUAAAGAUCUAUCACUGAAACUCACUAGAUUAUUCCUGCUUCUUCUAGAAUCCCCUCCAGGAUAAUUUAUCCCAGCGGUUUACCCUUCGAAAGUGAAUGACAUGAUUGAGCUGGGAAAUAAUGUAAUAAAUGGUUGGAUAAAAAAAACGGGAGUUUGCAUCACAGCCUAGUGGCACCAUGGUCACAAAUAUGGGCUGUAGUGGUUAUGGUGCUUAGGCAGCCCCUGUAAUACUGUUUUAUCAUUACAUUUGUACAUGCAUUGCCACUGCAUUUUACAUUAAUGAAUAUUCAGAAUUGCUCUUCCCUGCUUGAUUUCCUCUGAUUUUGCUGCCGGUCGAGGAUUCCAAGAUGUACCAGUUUUGUGGGUGUAUCCGGUAAGAAUUGUAACCACAGUGAUUAUUAAGUGGUUGGCAAUGCUGCAAGUUUGUAUAUUUGUGGGUUGCUACAGUCUUGCUAUUCUUAGAAAACCAUAUGCAGGAUAUGCUACAGAACCACACAUAUACAUUAUCCAGCAACUCUUCUCAAACAAAUCUAACCAGGGGAAUCAUCACACGGCUUUCAAUCACUCAGUGGAUCAAAUCAGGUGGAUUCAAUUUCAGAGAAAGCCUUUUCUCAUUAUUUUAGCCGUUACGUAUGUAUGAGCCAUUCUGCAGCUCCGUGUGUUUCUUAAAGAAAUAGUGAAAGAUUUAUGGUUCCCUUCAAUCACUUGUUUGAGUUUAACGCACCUACAAAACAGGCAUUUAAAAUCAUAUUUAAAAGCAUGUGGUGUUCACAGCUUAUUUUGAAAAACUGUAGCCACGAUUGUGUCUGAUCGUGUCAUAACAUCAAUGGAACUGUCAGUAAGCUGAUAGCAUACCUCCCAACAUGUGAAGCUAUAAGAUCAGGAUGGGUGGGCAACGGGGGACAUCAUUGGCAAUACCUGUAAUGGCCCCAAACAUAACGUACUGUGCAGAGAGUGUUGCUGAAUGGUCCUAAUGCCUGUUCACAGCGCUCGCUUGUCUAGUGAGGCGCUUGCUCUGUAAUGCCCAAAGAUUGGUACGUGGUGUACAAGUAUGUGGGAGAAUACAGAACUAAAUCUGGUAAGUCAAAUAUGCCCUUCUUAAAUUGGGACUGAUGGGAGGCCUGUGAUAAUAGAUGUUUUAACAUCAACUGCAUUUAUCCUGUAUGAGGAAUGGGAUUCAUGCCAAGUAAUUAAAGUGACACUAUAGGCAUCAAAACAACGUUAGCUUAAUGAAACAGGUUUUGUGUAUAGAUCAUGCUUCUGAAGUCUCACUGAUCAAUUCUCUGGCAUUUAUAAGUUAAAUCACUUUUGUUUCUGGUUAUGCAGCCCUAGGUACACCUCCCCUAGCUGUGACUCGCACAACCUGCAUGAAAAAAUAAACUGUUUUAUUUGCAAUCAGAUGUUAACUAACUUUGGAAGUUUUUAUCUCCUGCUCUGUAAAUUGACUUUUAAUCACACACAGGAGGCUCCUGCAAGGUCUAGCAAGCUAUUAACAGGGCACAAUAUAAGAAAUUCUAAAUUAAACAGAAUGUGCAAUAAAGGAAGUUUAAACAUUAGAUCUUACUUCACAGAAAGUGUUUUGGAAGGCUGUGCAUGCUACAUGCAGGGAGGUGUGACUAAGGCUGUAGUUAAAAAAAAAAAAAGGAAAAAAAAAAGAGAUAUUUAACUCUUAAAUGGCUGAGAAUUUAGCAGUGAGACUGCAGGGGCAUGAUCUAUACACCAAAACUGCUUCAUUAAGCUAAAGUUGUUUUGGUGCCUAGAGUGUCCCUUUUACAAUAUAAACCUCUAGGGAUCAGACUCCAGUUUAUAGAAUGAAAGCAUCUUGAUUGGCUGAGCUACUUCCUGGUCUGGACAAAGUUCUCAGCAAAACCUGAAAAUCCAGCACUUUAAGGCAAGUGCCUUAUUUUGUUCAAAUGUUUAUAUUGUAUUUUUAUAUGCAUUAAUUAUCAUUGACUUCAUACAUUAAAACAGAAGUCACUUCUAGCCUGGGAAAUCAAAGUGCACAUUUAUUUUCACAUUUUAAUUCCUAACUUAGAGCAUCGAACUUUGCCAAUCUUUUCCGGGAGAUGCAUAGAUCUGCCUAUUGUGGAUACAUUUAUUUUCUACCUUAGUGUCUACAGUAAAGCAAAGCUGAAGUAACAGAGAACUGACAGUUUUAUUACUGAACUAGGAAUUCUGGAGAAUUUACCAGGGAAUCACACAUUUAUUCCAAAAUUAAAAAAAAAGAAGUGGAGAAUUUUUCUAUUUUGGCAUAAAAUGUCCAGCUGUCUUAUCAGUUCUCCACAGAUCCCAGUUUAGCAAAUAAAUCCCUUAGUUCCUUUUGUUAUGAAACUUUUCUUUAUUAACUUUUCAUAUAAAUAAAAUGAUACAUCUAUUUGCCCAAGUUUAAGAAAAAUGUAAGUAUUAAAUUAAUCCAUGUGGUGUAGAUUUUUUUGCUUCCUGUAAAGAAUCCUCAUUUGUCAGUUCUAGUCUUUGCCCUGCAUCUCGAUUCCUACAUCAGUCCCUCUUACACGCCAACCAUUUGUAUUCACAUCAUUUAUAAACCUUUCCUGGCUCUCGUAAAGCCACAUUUAAUGAAUAAAGUGGAAUAUCAGAUGAUAAAAAAUAAAUAAAUAACAGGUUUCGCUGAAGAAUUGAAUUUUUUUUAUACAUAUAGAAGACUAUUGUGAACGCCUGUCAGACGUACACCAAAGUAUUCAUCUGAUCAAAAUAUCCAAACAUUUGUGGUCGUGUGGGCUGAGGUCCAUCAGUCUUAUUGAUUUUUGGGAAGCCAGCUCAGUUUCUGAGGCCUGCGGGCAGACACGAUGCUGGUAGGUGUAGGAGAGAGACUGACAAUAUUUCGAGAGGAAUGCGGUUUAGAGGGGAAGGGGCAGUAACUGUAACUGGUCGUUCAUUAACCGCAUUAAAACAUUUAGAAGCAGAAUGAACGUGCGGUCGUUCGGAAUAGAUAGUAUUACGUUGCCUCGUUUUCAAACAUUAAACCUGUUGAAAAUAGCAAAGUGAAAUAAGAGCGAUCGCAGAUUGCAGUGAGGCCUUCUGAAGGUAUAUAUUGAAAUCCCCAGAAUGAUAAAAAUAAUUGCAUUGUUUUCAAAUGCAUAACAGGGUAAGCUUGCGAUAGAUUCGUCAUCAGUAGUUGUGUGAUCACAGUUUAAUCUAUAUAUUCUCUAGUGUGACGGGCUAGUGGUUUGAAACUAAGAACAGCUAAACGCACCCUUGCUAUUCAUAGCAGUUCAUAUUUUUAUUUUUGUCCAAUUUUCUCUAAUGCGUGUGCGUGUGCGUGCUCGUGUUAGCACAGUGCUCUACUGAAUGACGCUUACCUUUCCCACUCCUGACAGCAAAUGAGAAAUUAUUGUAAAUUAAAUUUUUACCAAUGGUUACAAUGAAAGUCUAAGUAAAAGCCCUGCAUUUAACAAAAGAGGUCUAUAUUGCAACUCUCAGGGUUAUUGGCUAAAGUGGGAAUUGUCCGGGAUUCAAACAGAAAUUUACAGAAAUUGCUGAAUUUCUAAAUCUUCCAUCAAUGUGAAUGACGCAACUACUGUUUCUUACUAAAAAGUUGUUUUGGUUUUUAAAAUUGAUUUUGAUGAUCAAAAAUACUAUUUAGCGGGUUAUUUACUCCUAUUUGACUUACAAGUUUACGAGUUUAGAAAAUAUAUGUAUUUAUGACAUUUUAUAUUGUCAUUUGAAAACCCAGACUUUUUUCAAACAAACUGGUUACAUAGAAACUUGGACGUGGAACAAUGUUCAACAACAUUUCCGGUUUGUAUUAAUCACUAAUUUGUAGCUUAACCAACCCUGUAAAGACCAAUGACAUUUUGUAAUUACAUUAUAAUUCAGUCUCGCUCCUAAUAAUUAUUAAAUUAUUACUCUACAAUACAGUUCUGGUGGCAUUGAAAGAGUUACAACUUUCUAUCUUGGCAUAGUAUUAUUUAGGAACAGUGCUGCAGAAAAGUGAGCACAGGCAGUCUUUGGUUCUUAAGGGUUAAAAAAAUAAGAAAUUCAUAACAUUACCAGUGUAAUUCUGAAAUGAAGAGUUUUUAAUCUUUAUUGCUAACAUCUGGGUUUUGGAAGCAGGACUGGUUUUUAGUGGUCGGUAGUAUUUGUGUAUCCCUGACUAGACAGCUUGUCAUCAUUCUUGCUUCUGAAACAGUCAGUGACCAAGGCUUGGCCAGACUUCAGACCCCAAGCAAUUCUUCUGGCCACCUGCUUGGGACAUUUUGCGUGUGCCACAGCCAAAAAUACGACAUGGAUUGAAGACUGACGGAAUCUCUGCAGUGUCACCCACCACGUCUAAACUUUGCUGAACAUCCCCAUAAUUCACUAGAAAACUAAAUAUGACCUGAAAUCCCAGCACAACAUUUUCACCCACAAACUAAACAAGGAGAUAAAAUGACGGUUUAGUUUAUCGAUGCAGGAGAAUAAGCUACUCUGCAUCUAUAUACUGCUCCAUGAAUGCUCUUUAACCUGAUUUAGUACGUUGAGCCUUUUCCUGAUAUGUUUAUGCUCCUUCCGAGUAAUUUCCAAAAAGCACAGUGACCACUUUUAUUCUCACCACUGGUAUCACACCGUGAAUAUUUGGUCCAUCAAUAGAAAAUACAUCUUUCUUUAAUUCUGCUGUGCAUGAAUCGACUCCAGAAAACCACUGAUUGCCAGCUUUGCCUUAAGACUGGCAAAGCAUUGUACUGUCUACUUUAUUUUCCCAGUUUGCUAAAUAUCAUUAGAUAUAAGAGACACAGAGGCCUACACUGUCUUUGUCAGUGUGCAUACCCUGGCAUAAUUGUAUUGGGAAACUCAAAUGUUACAAAUACAUGUAUUCCUAACGAUAGGGCGUUUUUAGAUUAAUGACCCCCAACAAUUAAAUAAAUAGUGUUCCUGACCUUUCAUCCCCCAGUGCCAGUCUUGGUGCAACAGCCAUUUCUCUCCUACUGAGUGCAUCAUUACAGAUGAUCUCAACUAAUCCAGUACUUUCUGUAGAGAAGCAUUGGGGGGAAACGGAGCUAAUGCUCAUGUGCAGCAAUCGCUGCGCUCUGCCAAUCAGUAUCUCCUCACAGAGAUACAUUAAAUUAAUCCAUCUCUAUGAGCAAUGUCUGGUGUCCCCAUGUCACCGUGAAGAUAUUGACUGUCAGUCCACCAAUGAUUGCAGAACCUCACCAGGAAGGGCCUUUAGUGACUGUCUGAGUGACUGCACAGAGAGGUGUUACUAGCCAGCAAUGUGAACAGUGAGGUUACUCUGAAAAGACAGCGUUUACUUUGAAAAGCCUGCAGGAACAUGCUACAGGCACCAGAAUCACUACAUUUAGCUUUAGUUGAUCUGAUGACUAUAGUGUCCCUUUAAAUAAAGGGGGAAAAGUAAGUUUAUCCAAAAUGACAGAUGAAAGGGACAGAUUUGUGUAAACAAUGUCCUUCUUCAUAUUAUUAAUUCACAAUAAAUGUCCAUAGCAUUUGUGCUCAUGUUUCACUACUUGCAUAUGGGUUUCGAAGAUCAAAGUUUUUUAAGAACCGUAGUCAAUAAUACAGUAAUUAAUCACCUAGAAGGCUCACAGCUGACACUCCGCUCACCUUUAACUUGUUUGGUUCCCACCUCUGGCCUCCUCUGUUAUCUGAUUGAUAUCUGUAAUAAAACCAUUAUGUUUUGGUAACUGGGCAGUGACAACAGUUAAAUCAGGACACAUAUCUAGCGGCUUCUUUCUUGUGUGUUUUUGUCCUUGGUUCUGGUGUAGGCGGUGUGACCCUUCUAAGAAGUGUUGGAACACAAUAGUCGUCUGUCUCCACAAACAUAAUGCCAAUGACACAGUGCUGAUUCUUCAAAAGCGACCUAACAAGAAUGGUUUAUUUAUUAUUUUUUUCACCAUUUUAUUUAGUUUUAUUGGAAAGUGAUAAUUGGUUUUGCCUUAUAUGGCCACAUUUCCUUUUUGACUACAGCUGCACAACGUGACACUUACCUGUACGAUAUUGAUAGACUGUGCUGUCUCUCUCAUAGUUUUUCUAUGAAAGCUCAGGCAGUCUUGCUGUUUGUCCACGCUGGCUUCCAGUUUAGUUUCCAAUUUCCUUGCACAAGUAGUUUUGCUCAUUAUUUUUCAAAUGGAACUGAUUGCAUCCGGUUUAUAAACUAUUAAUUCACCAUGAUAAAAAUAAUUGGAACUAUCUUUUAUCAAACUUCCCAUCUAAGUUUAAUAUUUUGUUCCACUGCUUUGCAAAAUGUGUCUCUGUCUUCCUCUCUCACGUAGCAUUUAAAUACCUUGAAGACCUUCCACCAAUGUGCUCUCUCAGUCCUUGUUAGUAAAUUCUCCUGACUCAGCACCUCCACUUCAUGCCAGUCUCUCUACUUCUGAUAGCAGUAUAUGUCACAUAAUGAGUAAAUAUAUACCGGGGUAUUGUGUAAGCAGUGGUGGGCUCAAACCAACUUUCGAACAAGGCACAGCAUGAGUGUCUCAGGUCUCGGCUGUAGAGUGGGUGAGCACUUUUAGAUGGAGGAUGGUGGGUAUUUAUAGUAAGAGAUAUUAAAACUAUUAGUGACAGGCAGCACAGAACUCUCUGUCAGAAAUGUCCCCCUCACCUUCAUUCCCCUGAUUUUCCUUGGGUUUAUAUAUAUUAAUUCUAUAUUUGAGUAAAUUUUCUUGCUUAAUCAGCCAUUGGGCAGUCAGUAAGGCUAUUGGGGAGAGAAAAAGAUAAUAUUAUACACUUACAUUUGGCAGGGGCUAGGCUCUGCUGCUGUGCUUUUGCUGUGUUACAUCAUGUGAGCACUGUAACUCCACAUCCUGGUUCUAUCAGCCAAUAAUGGCCCCAGAAUUGAGAGGCCAAUAGCAUGCCUCCCCUCAUGGGCAGUCCGAAUGGCGACUCAAUUAAAAUCUCUGAAAUUCCUUCUUAAAGGACACUAGGCAUGUGCAAAACCUGCUGAAACAGGACAGAUUUCAAACCUGCCCCAUUUUUUAACAUACCUACAAGCUCUCAAAUAAGCUUCUCCAAACAGCUACCAACAAGGGAGGAGGGGCCUUGCAGAACAGAAACCUAUUACAGUAUUAAAUUAGAGGUACUCGUUUUUUAUAUAUUUUUUUGGCUUACGACACUCGCUUCUAGAAAAAUAAUCUUGACAUUUCUAAAUUACUGCAAAUACAUUUUCCCGACAUUAACACUGGUGGGGAGCUGCCCUAAAUGCUCCUAUCGACGAGCAUCCACUGUUCGAGGUUGCUCGGAAAAAGUUCGGGCAGGAGUAAUGUAGUAAACACAGAGAAUCGAGAUUAGAUGUGAGUACGGCACAGCAUGAUUUAAUUAAUUUACAUAACAGGCAAAGAUGGUAAAUGAAAAUAAAUUCUACUCCAAAGAAUUAAAUAUAAUAGUACAACAAAUAGCUGACAUAUGGUUAGGCUGUGCUAAAAUUGAAGAAGUGACAAUUCCUCUUAAAACUUGAGCAGUUUAAUAAGGUUUGUUUUCACGUUUUCAAUAUUUCUUGUCAAUCUAUUUAUAGAAAAUUAAAAUUAACUUUAUUCUUAGCUAAGGCUCUUAAUUGUGAACUCUUGUGCGGCUUUCUCCUGGCAUUAAAACCAGUUGUCAGUUUGCUCUGGGGGAAGCAUUGUGUAUAUUGUUUGUUUCAUAAUGUUUAGUGAAAAUAAUAAUAAUAAUAAUACACUCACUGGCCUCCCAACAGCCCUGAUUUUGUCAGAACAGUCCCCGUCCUGUUCUGGUUAUGGGUAUAACUGGGAAUACCAGAAAGCACACCGCAAGUCUUUAGAUAUACAUGUGAUGUGCUCAGGGCUGUUUGACCUCAGUGGGGGUUCCUGGUUGAUUGGCAGGCAGUCUGGCUGCAUUUCACAAUUUCAGCUCCACCAAUUAUAAGCCUACCUGGGCAAUGCCAACCUCAUGCCUUUGGUUAUGUAGGGGUUAGUCCUCAUGUUUCACUUUUUUUUUUUUAAUGAUGAUGUUAAGGGCAUUUUUAAGGGUUAAUGGGACACUAUUGUCACCAAACAACUUUAUCUUAAUGAAGCAGUUUUGGUGUAUAGAACAUGCCUCUGCACACUCACUGCUUAAUUCCCUGCCUUUUAGGAGUUAAUUCACUUUUUUGAUGUAGUCUUGCACAUGACUCCUUGCAUCUGACUUACACAGCCUUCCUAAACACUUCCUGAAAAGAGUCAUCUAAUGUUUAAACUUCAUUUAUUGCAAAUUCUAUUGCAUUUAGAAUUUCUUAUCUCCUGCUCUGUUAAUACCUUGCUAGACCCUUGAGGAGCCUCCUGUAGUAUGUAACUAAAGUUCAAUUUACAGAGCAGGAGAUAAAAACUUUUAAAGUAAUUUACAUUUGAUUAAAAAUGAAACUAUUUUGUUUUCAUGCAGUCUGUGUCGGUCUCAGCCAGGGGAGGUGUGGCUAGGGCUGCAUAAAGAGAAACAAAAGUGAUUUAACGUCUAAAUGGCAGUGAAUUGAGCAGUAAAACUUCAGGGGCAUAAUCUGUGCAUCAAAACGGAUUCAUUAAGCUAAAGUUGUUUUGGUGACUAUAGUGUCCCUUUAAGCAUCAUAUUAGGAAUAUUGAUAGAGAUGGUAUUUGGGUUAAGAUUAAGGUUUGAAUUAGGAUUAGUAAACCAAAUUAGUAAUCACAGGUUUAGGGUUAUGGCCAGAGUCUAUUCUAACAAUAAUUAAAAGUAUCACAUUAUGUAUAUAUAUAUAUAUAUAUAUACCCUCAAAUAAUAUGUAUUAUGUGCCCCAUUGUAAUGCUGUACGAAUGCAGUCUCCUCUCUUGCAGAUCCUCAUGAAGCUGAAGUGUAUUGCAUUGGAGGCAGAAAGUGAGCUGGAGAGGCAAGAUGAAAUGUUGGAAGAUAUUAGUUCAUCCGGUGACAGAGCGUUGGGUCGUAUCGAUAAAAACGUCCACAGAAUGAGGAAACUACUGUAGGAACCCAGCCAGGGCUCCGCGUCGCUUGUUCAUGUAAUAAUGGACUUCAUUUCAUUGAAUUAAAUUGUUUACAUACUUAUUUAUAGAUUAUUUAUUUAACUAUUAUUUGUGAAUGUUGAUGCCACAAACUUUGCACUCAGCCUUACCAAACCAUAUUUAGAGUAAAGUAGUUCUAUGCUUGUUGCAUCUAAUUAUAUUUAACCAUCUACAAAACAUUAGGUUUUUUCCCCCCCAGUUAUUUUCAGUGUUACAAGUCUCAGCCACUAAAUUAUAAAUUGUCAGGAUUUAAAGUGAUUUUCAGAUAAUUUUUUUGACAAAAUCGAUAAUGUUUGG